GAAAACAAAAUUUGAAGUCAUGGUUUUUUUUUAUAUAUAUAUAUUAAACCCACCUUAAAGGUAAUUUUAAACACAAAAACACAAUUGAGUAAAACUCUGACGUGGACUUAAAUCAGUUGUCACAUUCAAACGUAGCUCAACUAUGUGUGUACUCACUGGGUGUUUGCAAAAAGAGGAAAUAGGUUAGGUAGUCCUUGCUGGUAAUUACUGUACAUACAAAAUCUAGAUAGACACUGUUAGUAAAUUGAAUAAAAAUAUUUGGAGAUGCAAAAAAACAUGAAGUCAGCCACAAUGAAAGUGAAAAUUAAAAAAAAAAAAAAGAUCAUUAAACUACUAUGGCCUGUGCUGGUGAGGUAACCUCCCAAAAACUUACCUGUCAAUUGAUUUAAAUAAUUUGUACAUAAUUAUUUUAUUGUCCUGGGUGAACUGUAGGGCUUUUUCUUAUGACCAGACAUCACCUGUUUCUUUUAAAUGUAUUUAUUUAUUUUUAUUGUGCAUACAAGGUUUGUAUCAUUGUUUAAGUCAUUAAUUAUUGAAUGUUAUUUAAGAGCUGUAAAAUGUCAUGCAACUGCUAAUAAUCAAUGUCAGAUGCCGUUGAUUGGAAGCUGUGUGUCUGUAUGUGUAUGAAAUGAAAUGCAAGAUCUUGGCAGGGCCGGAUUUUGGGGAGGGCAACCGGGGCGAAAGCCCCGGGGCCUCCACAAACGGAGGGCCCCCACAAUAGAGACUUUGGGGAAAAAAUCUUUCAAAUUCCGACAAGUAAACACUAGUUAACAUCUUUUCCUUCAAUAUUCUUUUUUUGCUGUUUUGCCUUUACCUACAGUACUUUGUACAUACAUGAUUAUAUUAUUGUUAAAUAUUAACAGAAACAUUCAUUAACACUAAAAUUUAAUUUCAUAUAAUUCUUGUCUCCGAUUAUAUUUAUGUAUGUUUUUUAAAUACUAAGAGAAUCUACUUGAUUUUACAAUAAAUUAUUUAUUGGAAAACUCGACUGAAAAAAAUUGUUCAUUUUAUUUGGAAAAUAAUUUGGGGCCAGGGGGCCUUCGCUCCUCUGUUGCCUCGAGGCCUCCAGACCUCUAAAUCCGGCCCUGGAUCUUGGUGGAGGCAGCAUUUAAUUUUUGGCUGACGUAAGGUCAGCUUUAACAACUGGAAUGACAAACCACAAAGGCAGUGAUGAUGGUGAGAAUGAUAUUGUAACUGUCUAAAUCUCUUGUUAUUAACGCAACUUUGUGAUACAUUUUUUUUCCACUUCCCCUCCCGAAAUAAAUUCCUGCAUCUGCCACUGUUUACAAUUAUAAUCACUUGCAUUACUUUUUUUUUUUUUUUUUUUUACAUAUGUAACACUUAGUAUAUAUCAGAUGACAAAAUUUUAAAUUUGUAAUGAAACAUAAAAGUCAAGUGAACUGUCAUGAUAUAUUUGUAAUAAUGACCCAAGAGAUAACAAUAAUAAAAGAAAAUCAAGUAGCCAAUUUAAAAUGUGAGACCUAGCCUUAAGUAGCUUCUAAUAGGAAUUAUGUAUGCCAUCUGUAGCAUUUUUUUAAAUUUAUUUAUUAAAUUUUUGCUCAGUGGUGAAACAGCCAUUUUGUUCAUGAAAUGACGUAAUGAGUGGAAAUUAAUGGUACAAUACUAACUGAGCAACUGUACACUGUCAUUGGCAUGAAAACAUGAUACUUAGUGUCUCCCCUACAAAACCCUGAUCUUUUCUUUUUCAUUCAAUAUGAUGGCGUUAUUCUCAGGAUUAUGUGCUUAUUUAGUGAAGUGGUUUACUUUAUGAGUAAGACAAAUAUUCAAUCUAAAAUUUGUAAAGGGGAAAAAUUAGUUUUAAUAUAUGAUUUCCAUUACAUAUAAGCUACUAUUUUUCCAUUCAAAAUGAAUUUGGAUUUGCCUAACUUCAAGGACUUAAUGAAUUUUCAAAUGUGGACUGCAAGUGUAUUGAUCUUGAAGAUACAAGAAAGCAAGUAUGUCUUCAUGUGAUACCUGCAAAGUGUGCUCAGUACGUCGGUAAGUAAAUCUUUUUUUAUUAAAUGCAUGGUUCACCAUGUCUUUUAAUGUUGUAGAUAUUGCCCUUUAAUGUAGUGGAUAAUUAUUUUGUGCAGGAAGAGGAAUAUAGCCCUAAAAAAAUAUUGUAGUAGGACAGUUUAGGAAAUUCGGGCCUUUUAACGUGAAUGUUGGCGACACCUGAUUGCAAUAAUCCCAGUUAAGCUUAUAGAUACAUGUUAUUUUUAAUUUUAUCUGUUUAUUUAAAAAUGAAAGUCAUAUAAAAUGCAAUGCGCUAAAUUUUUCCAGGAAAUUAUGGAAUACUAACAUAAAUCAGGUGCUCAAAAGCAGAAAGAAAAGUAUCAAAUAAAAGGAAAUACUUAGGUCAUAACAAAUUUAUUUAAUAUUGGGUUUGGGUCAUCUAUUGUCUAGUAUGAAUGAAAAAUUAAGUAAGGAGGUAAAUUUGUUCUAAAUUCCUCAUUGUUCUCAAGAGUUUAACUCGUGUACUGAUGUUAGAACUCUGAGGUAGAGGGCUCAUGUUCACUAAGCUGGGCCCGCUUUGCCUCGGUGGGUGAUGAUAAAGGUGAAGACGGGAGAGAAUUAGAGGAAUUACGUUUGGCAGUACAGACAAUUCAGAAAAAAAAAAAUGUAGAAUUAUGUAAAAGCUUACAGAAGUGUCAUAAUUUAAUUAAAUUUAGGGCCGGUCUUACCAUCCUCUGGGCAAACUUCCAGGUAGCUACCCUGCGGAUAAGCUACCCGGACCCUUUACCCGAUGGUCCUGUCUUACCAUCCCAUUUACACCUCCGUGUAGCUAACUGGAACUUGCCCUGUGGAUAGCGAGGAUGUGUGUUAGGUUGGUAUAUUAUUGACAGAGAUAUUGGAGAAACGAUGAUUGUGAUUGGCCCUCAGAUUUUUAUUUUAUCUUGCUAAACAUUAGAGUACCGAAGGCUUAGUGUAUUUACAUUUUGAUUAAAAUUCGCCCGGUAAUUUGGGAAUAUAAACAAACACUUGUCAAGGAGAAGAGGUUACGGUAGUUUUAAAUUUGUAGAAGGAAUCUUGGUAGAAAUGGCCAAGGUUAACGUUCCUGGUAGAAGCAGAGGAAAUAAUUUUACAAAUGAAGAAAAACAAUAUUUAAUAGACUUGGCGGUUUCUUACAAGCAUAUUUUAGAAAAUAAAAAAACGGACAGUGUUACCUGGAAAGAUAAGGUCAAAGCUUGGGACAAAAUCGCCGGAAAAUUCAAUGCAGUUGUAGGUGGUGAUGGUCCUGCAAGGUCAGCGAAAUCGCUUCGCAGCAAAUAUGAAUGUACCAAAAAAGAAAUUCGCAAGAAACAUGCGUUUCACAAACGCGAAAUGAUGACAACUGGAGGUGGGCCAUACACGCCUAUCACAAAAGACGACCCUUCUGAAGAAAAGUUGAAAGCUGUUAUUGCUAUGAGUGUGGUGGGACUUGAUAGUAAUUUCGACAACGACUGUGAUCCUGGUCCAUCAAGUGUGGUCUGUGUAUCACCACCAAGUAUGAAGUCAUCAGCUGUUGAAAAUGAGAACAAUAGUUGCUAUGUUGUGGAAAUAAUGCCAGGUGAUGGUGGUGAUGAUGAUGAUGAUGAAACUGAUGGUGCUGCACAGACCGAGUUGGGCGAGCUGCCAAAAAAUAAAGUACAGGAACACAAGUGGAUAACAGCUAUAAACAGACAGAAGCAGUCAUCACCGCCAACCAUUACUGCUCACACUCAAAAUAUGCAAACUGUUACUGUACAGGAACAGGAGAUAUUGGCUUCUCCCACAACAUCAAAAGGCAAAUAUCUUGGAGAUGCACAACUAGCAUACAGGAGAAGACGAAAUACAAAGAAAGUGCAGUCUUCUGGAAGCAUGACAAUGAAAAAAUUUGAAGAUUUGGCAGAGCAUAAAACCAGCUUAGUAGAAUUGCAGAAGGAAGUACUACAGCAGACUCUAAUCCAUCAAAAAGAGAAGCACGAAAUGGAAAUAGCAUUGCUAAAAAUUAAGCUGGCUGUUGAAGAAAGGAAACUAGCAUCACUACAUUAAUCCACCGUAUUCUUUGAAUACAAUUUCUUUCAACGUUGUUAAAAUAUAUAUGUUAUAGAAGUAAAAGUAAAGUAGUUUUUACAUGUCAAGUUGAAAUGAUUGUCAAAAAGCAAAAAUAAAUGCUUAGUGUGAUUAUGCAGAUAUGUAGCAACAUCCAAUUCAAAAUUGAUGCACAAAUAUUUUGUCUCCAGUACAAAUUACAUUUAUAUUAAAAAAUAUAUCUUUAACUAUUGCUG